UUUUGGCUUGGAGCAUUGAGCAUACCGAUAGUGAGUGGCCUUUGAAACUUCUCAGCUUCAUGGCACCUCAGCGCCGGAUUCAACGAUCUUUAUCCGAGAGGUUGGACAACUAUUGCUUUGCCAGCAGUUUCGCUGCCGGUUUGGAGCUUGAGGAUGACAGCUUCGAUGAGUCAUACGUGCCAGAGUAUGCUGUCCUUUUAAGUCAAAGCAGGAUUGAGGCGGAGAAGGCGGAGAAGGGUGCAUGCCCCCCGUGGGAAUCAACGGAGUCUUCAUCUUUUUGGGUAUCUGUUGCAAAUGUUACAAAGUCCCUGGUUGGAAUUGGCAUGCUGACACUGCCACGAGCUGUGGCCGAAGCUGCCUCUCCAUCCAUAGCAAUGCUUGGCUUAAUGCUUUGUGGAGCGCUAUGCGCCACCUCCUUCUUUUUCCUCGGGUAUUGCGCACACUUGACCAACACGGAAACGCUCCCUCGGCUGUGGGGAAAAACAGUCGGACCCGGAAGCGUUUUUUUCGUGGAGGUCGUUGUGCUGGUAGACACCGGGCUCAGCUGCGUUGCAUUUGCUUUACUAAUUGGCGACUAUAUGGCGAAAAGUGUAAAUGGUUUGUGUCCAUCUCUGCCAGACGAGCUGAAGUCGCGACGGAUGCUGGUGGCCGCGGUCACGAUUUUUGCGCUCAUACCAUUGUGCCUGAAGCGACGAUUUUCACUUCUGCGAGUAUCUUCAAUCGCUGGACUUGUUUGCACAUUGUAUGUUUUUUUGUAUGUGACGUUGGACGCGUUGUCCUACAUUGUGACGGAGGGUGAUCCGAUUGCCUCUCAGUGGCCAGAUGUCUUUGGAUUCCUCCGUAGCUUUGGCAUCUAUUCUUGCGCGUUCAUGGCUCACUUCAACGCACCCGCGUUCUAUGCCGACCUUGAAGGCAAAAGUCCGGUAGUGUUUGCACAAGUUUGCGGAGCUGCUUACAUUUUGGCCUUCCUAAUCUAUGCAGCGUGCCUC